CCUAUCUCUAUCCCUUUCUCUCAGUACUCACUACUCUCCGAUCACUGUUAGGGCAAAAAAACCCUUAAACCCAUAAAAUUCACCGUUUUAACAGUUUCUUCUUGGUGGUUUUUUAGCUUAGUUCAGAGACCAGAGAAAGCAAAGAUGGCAGAGAUUAAUACUACAGGCACAGAAGUCCCUCCGAACGUGACCAUAUACAUUAACAACCUCAACGAGAAAAUCAAGCUCGAAGAGUUGAAGAAGUCUCUGCACGCGGUGUUCUCGCAAUUCGGGAAGAUAUUGGAGGUGCUGGCCUUCAAGACUCUGAAGCACAAAGGCCAAGCUUGGGUUGUGUUCGAUGAAGUUUCCUCUGCCACCAAUGCGCUUCGCCAAAUGCAGGGCUUCCCAUUCUACGACAAGCCCAUGAGAAUACAAUAUGCAAAGACAAAAUCAGAUGUGAUAGCCAAGGCUGAUGGUACUUUUGUUCCACGUGAAAGACGUAAGAGGCAUGAAGAAAAGGGAAAGAAGAAAAAAGAACAACAUGAUGCUCAAGCUGGAUUGGGUCUGAAUCCUGCAUAUGCUGGAGCUUAUGGAUCUGCACCUCCACUAUCUCAAAUACCCUAUCCGGGUGGUGUAAAGUCUUUGGUACCAGAGGCACCUGCUCCACCAAACAACAUACUGUUCGUGCAGAAUCUUCCCCAUGAGACAACUCCUAUGAUGCUGCAAAUGCUCUUCCACCAAUAUCAUGGUUUUAAGGAAGUUAGAAUGGUGGAAACAAAGCCAGGAAUUGCCUUUGUGGAGUAUACAGAUGAGAUGCAAUCAACAGCUGCGAUGCAGGCACUCCAAGGUUUCAAGAUAACCCAACAGAAUCCAAUGUUGAUCACAUAUGCAAAGAAAUAGACAAAUUAGGUUUUACCUUUUCUAUCCACAAGGGGGAAGGCUGAAAUGCAUCUUCAACUAGGAUAUUACCUACUGAAUUAGAUGUGAUAUCUACUCAUUUGCUAGUUAUCUUUGUUACAUUCUCAUUUUUCAAAAGUAGCCUUUAGAAGUGAUCGUGUAUCAUUGUAAUUGUAAUCUUUUCAAUGUUGCUUUACCCUUUUGAAAAAGAAUUAAGAAGCUUAUCUGACUCCUUUUUGAGUUAUCAACCCCCUUUAAGUUUCAUUUC